AUGCCUGAUUGGGGACCGGUUUUUGUCGCGGUGACGCUUUUUGUGUUGCUGACUCCGGGACUGCUGAUUCAAGUUCCUGGGAGAGGUCGAGUGGUUGAGUUUGGAACGUUUCAGACAAGUGGUCUCUCGGUUAUUGUUCAUACUCUUAUUUACUUCACUCUUGUUUGUAUUCUCUUGCUUGCUCUCCAAAUUCACAUUUGUAACCUUUUUUCUACUUCAAUGGCGGAUUGGGCUCCAGUUCUCGUCGGCGUGGUCCUGUUCGUGAUUCUCUCACCGGGACUUCUCUUCUCAUUACCUGGUAACAACCGCACCGUAGAUUUCGGUGGCCUCAAAACCAACGGCAAAGCCAUCGCUGUUCACACUCUCAUCUUCUUCGCCAUUUACACCAUUUUAAUCCUCGCCCUCAAUCUCCACAUCUACACUGGCUGA